AUGAAUAAAUUUAAAACAUUAUUUGUAAAUAAAAAAGCAUUCUAUUAUGAAAUUCCACCAUUUUUUGGUUUAUCAAAUCUUCGAAAGAAUCGAACAUUUGAAAAUGCUCCAGAAGAAGCGAAUAUUAAUAAAAAUAUACAUAAAAUUGGUAAAUUAGAUUCAAUUACAUUAGCAACUAGAAUUAUUGCUCGUAGUGCCGAUAUUAAAGUUGACAAAAAUAUAAAAAAAGGUUUACAUUUAUUAUUGACAUAUUAUCCUGAAAGAGAAAAUAUUUAUAUCCAAAUGUUUGGUCGAACCGCAAGACAAGAUGAAAAAGGUUCUUAUUCAGAAAUAACAAGAUCGGUAAAGAAUUUUGCUGAUGUUGCUGAAGUCAAAGUUGAUCCAAUAAAGAAAAUCUAUCACGACGUCACUGAACAUUUUUACAAGAGGGUUCCAUCAGAUUCAACAGAUAAAAACCUGGCUAUUAGAUGGACUUUAUUUUCAUGUUUAAUGCAACACUUACCCAGAAAUGAAAUUGACCAAAAUAAAAUGUCUAGAAAGGUUUUGAUAUUUCCAAAUAAAAAAGUUUUUCAUGCUAAGAAUGAACAGGAUAAUGAUGAAUUGGAGAGUAAUAGUACACCAAUAUCCACUCAAGACAUCCAGAACACUACCGAUACCAAUGAACUUGUACUAGGAAGACGUUGUAAUGCACUGAAUAGAUUGCAUCAAGCGAAUUCAAGCGAUGAAACUAGUAGUGCAAGAAUGUCAGAUCUUGGUUCUAGACCACUUCGGUUAUUCAGUAGAAACAAUGAUAUUGAUGAGUGCAAUGAUCAAGCUAAUUCAUUGAAAAAUGAUAUUGAUUUAAUUGGACGAAAAGUAUUUGAAUUAAAUACAAAUUUAAACAAAAUCAUAGUUGAAGAAGAACAAAGAAAAUAA